AUGUCUACUGACAAGAUCACCUUUCUUUUGAACUGGCAACCAGCUCCAUACCACAUCCCCAUCUUUUUGGCCAACCAAAAGGGUUUCUUCAAGGAGCAAGGCCUUGACGUGGCGCUUUUGGAGCCCACCAACCCAUCGGACGUGACCGAGCUAAUCGGCUCUGGUAAGGUCGACAUGGGCUUGAAAGCCAUGAUUCACACCUUGGCUGCCAAGGCUAGAGGCUUCCCCGUGACAUCUGUCGGCUCUUUGUUGGACGAGCCCUUCACCGGUUUGCUUUACCUGAACGGUCGCGGCAUCACCGACGACUUCCAGUCCCUCAAGGGCAAGAAGAUCGGAUACGUCGGUGAGUUCGGCAAGAUCCAAUUGGAUGAGUUGACCAAGCACUACGGUAUGAGUCCUUCCGACUACACUGCCGUCAGAUGCGGUAUGAACGUUGCCAAGUACAUCAUCGAGGGCAAGAUCGACGCUGGUAUUGGUAUCGAGUGCAUGCAGCAAGUCCAAUUGGAAGAGUACUUGAAGCAACAAGGUAAGCCAGUCACCGACGCCAAAAUGUUGAGAAUCGACAAGUUGGCUUGUCUAGGCUGCUGCUGCUUCUGCACCAUCUUGUACAUCUGCAACGACGAAUUCUUGGCAGCUAACCCAGAGAAGGUGAAGAAGUUCAUGAAGGCUCUCAAGAAGGCCACCGACUACGUCUUGGCCAGCCCAAUUGACGCGUGGAAGGAGUACAUCGACUUCAAACCUGAGCUUGACACCGACAUGACUUUCAAGCAAUACCAAAGAUGCUACGCUUACUUCUCUUCCUCUUUGUUCAACGUCCACCGUGACUGGAACAAGGUCACCGGCUAUGGUAAGAGAUUGGAAAUCUUGCCUCCAGACUACAAGGCCAACUACAGCAACGAGUACUUGUCCUGGGAAGAGCCAAACGAGGCCGAGGAUCCUUUGGAAGCCCAAAGAUUGAUGGCCAUCCACCAAGAAAACUGCAGAGACAACGGUGGUUUCAAGAGAUUGCAUGUUACUCUUAAGGCUUAA